AUGGUAGAUGGAAAGUGUUCAAAGUACUUCCCGAAAAAAUUCUUAACUUCUUCAUCAUUUGAUGAGGACCGUUAUCCACUCUACCGACGCAGAGAUAAUAGUUGCAUCAUUAACCGCAAUGGUAUUGAUCUAGAUAAUAGAUAUGUGGUGCCGCAUAAUUGCCAUCUUUUGUUAAAAUAUAAGGCGCAUAUCAAUGUGGAAUGGUGCAAUCAAUCAAGGUCUAUCAAGUAUCUAUUCAAAUAUGUCAACAAAGGCAAAGACCGGGUGACUGCUGAGUUUUACAAAUCAAGUGUUGAUGAAGAAACUGGUACUGUUAUAGAUGAAAUUAAUAUGUACUACGAUUGUAGGUAUGUAUCCCCAUGCGAGGCAUCUUGGAGGUUGUUUGGUUAUGAGAUUCAGUACAAGAAUCCUACAGUUGAGCGCCUUAGUUUCCAUCUCCCAAAUCAACAGGCUGUCGUCUUCGAAGACGAUGAACCUAUUGAUGACAUUCUGAAUCGACCUACUGUCUCGCAUAGCAUGUUUGUAGAAUGGUUUGAAGCCAACAAGAAGUUUCCGGAAGCACGGUUACUUACAUAUGCUGAAAUGCCAACUAAGUUUGGAUGCAUGUUACAAAAGGGGUUACUGGAUGAUAAUAAAGAAUAUGUUGACGCUGUUAAUCAAUCAAGUCACUGGGCCUCGGCCACUGCACUUAGGAAAUUGUUUGUGACAUUGUUAACAUCUAACUCAAUUGCUAAAUCGGAGUUGGUUUGGCAAGCAGUGUGGCAUCAUUUAUCAGAAGAUGCCCAAGAGAUACAGAAGUUGUUGUCCAUUUGGGGGAAGAGUUUACAAGAUUAUCCUGAUAUGCCUCUGCCUGAUAAUGAAGUCACAAUGCUCACCUCCAAUAGGCUAAUACAUGAAGAGAGGUGUACGAUUGCACUGAAUAGUUAUUGGAGAACAAAAGCUCCAAUGAUGCAUAAGCAUUGCUUUGAAGCUCUAGACAAGACAAUGAGAGAUUUGUUACGUUUCAAAAAUUCAUGUAGCUUAGACAUGACAUUUGGAGGUAAGACAGUAGUAUUUGGUGGCGACUUUAGACAGAUUCUGCCAGUGAUUCCAAAGGGGGCAAGACAAGAUAUAGUUGGAGCAUCGACCAAUUCAUCAUAUCUUUGGAAAAAUUGUAAAAUUUUUAGGUUAACUAAGAAUCUUCGAUUGCAACACUCACAAGAUGCUACUAGAUACCGUGAACUUGAAGACUUCGCAACAUGGAUAGCUGCGGUUGGUGACGGUGAUAUUGGUAAAGCCACUGAUGUUGAUUUUGAAAUCUCUAUCCCUCAAAAGCAUUUAUUGGAUAGUGGGGAUGAUCCGAUAGCAACUAUUGUUGAAAACACUUUUCCUAUGUUUAGAACUACAGCUAAUGAGGAAAAUUUUCUGGAGAACCGUGCUAUACUUGCCCCAACAUUGGAUGUGGUUGACAGCAUCAAUUAG